UAAGUUUCGUUUUCGUAUGGUGUCAAAAUUUAUUGCGACUUCCUUCGAGUUGUUUUUGCGAUAAAAUUAAAUAAAAUUUCUAAAAACUACAAAAUGGCCUUUCUUCAACGAGUAUCGAGUUUACGCAAAUGUGUGAGCCUCAAUGGGCUUAGCAGUGUGCAAACCGCUUCUUAUCACGCUAAUGUUAUAGACCACUACGAGAACCCUCGCAAUGUUGGUUCUAUGGAUAAGAAGGACAAGAACGUGGGCACCGGCCUGGUGGGGGCUCCCGCAUGCGGAGAUGUCAUGAAACUUCAGAUCAAAGUCGACGCCGAUGGAAAAAUUAUCGACGCGAAGUUCAAAACAUUCGGAUGCGGCUCGGCCAUUGCUUCUAGCUCUCUGGCAACAGAAUGGGUGAAAGGGAAAACCGUUGACGAAGCCCUGAAGCUGAAGAAUACCGACAUAGCUAAGGAACUGUCUCUUCCUCCCGUCAAACUGCACUGUUCUAUGCUUGCUGAAGAUGCCAUCAAGGCGGCCCUGUCAGACUACAAAAUCAAGAACCAACAAAAACAGUAGAAAACAGUAGCAUACACACGGGAACAGAUCUGUGAUUGAAGGAAGAUUGAAAUAAUGGAGUCUGCAGUUGUAGGAAGUUGUGUAACUUUAUAAAGUCCAUUUGUUUCUAAUAGAGAAUGCAAAAACAGAGGGCUUAUAUUUUCUUAGUUGUUUAGGUAGUAGCAGAAUGCAUAACUUUAUAUUUGCUUUAAAAGCUUUAUAAAAAUAGGUUCUGAACUUCUUUAUGAAUACUAAAAAGAUAAAAUGAUUGAUGAUCAAAACUAAUAAAAUACAUUAAUUAUUAAUGCCCUCAAAUCUGGAAACUUUAAAGGGUUAUGAAUAUUAUUGUAUGUUUUGUUAAACCUAAAGUACAUGUUAUUUGUGUUGUAAAUAAAUGAUAAUGACAAAAAAUUA